GGACAUGAGCAAAUGACGACUUCUCAAGCAGACCGAUAAUUUCACGACGCCACGUUUCACUCUUUUCAAGAGACAGAGCCCCAAGGCUCCGUUCCCUUAUUCUUGAUACCCUUCUGCUUCUGUCUCUCUCAACACCUCUUCCUCCGCCGUCCGCACGCUCUCGACCAUGGUCCGACUGCGGGAGAUUCCCCGGACGGCCACCUUCGCCUGGUCCGCCGGCUCAGCGCCGCCAUUGAUUGCUACCGGUACCAGGGCGGGAGCAGUGGACGCUGACUUUUCCAAUGAGACACAGCUCGAGCUAUGGGAUCUGGCCCUGAACUCCUCUGAGCAGGCUGUCGAGCUUACCCCCGCCGCCAGCGUGAGCUGCGACUCAAGAUUCCAUGAUAUCGCCUGGAGCCAGCCUAGUGACGAUCGCCCGAGGGGCAUAAUAGCAGGCGCACUUGAGAGCGGAAACCUGGACCUUUGGGACGCUGAGAAGCUGCUUAGCGGCGCCAGCGACUCUUUCCUGUCGCGGACGUCAAAGCACAGCGGUGCAAUUAAGGCGCUCCAGUUCAACCCAUUCAAGCCCGAACUUCUCGCAACCGCCGGCGCCAAGGGCGAAUUGUACAUAACCGACGUCAACAACAUCAACCCCUUCCGCUUGGGAACCUCGGCCGCCCGCGCAGAUGACUUUGAAGCUCUGGACUGGAACAAGAAGGUGCCGUACAUUCUGGCUACCGGUAGCAGUGGAGGAUUUGUCACUGUCUGGGACCUGAAGACGAAGAAGGAGAAUCUCACGCUCAACAACUAUGGAAGGAAGGCCGUCAGCGCGGUUGCAUGGGACCCGGACGUCCCGACAAAGCUCAUGACGGCCGUUCCGAACGACCAGGAUCCGCUGAUUCUCAUGUGGGACUUGAGGAAUUCCAACGCCCCGGAGCGCAUCCUUCAUGCUCACGACCAGGGCGUUCUGUCUCUCUCCUGGUGUGCGCAGGAUAGCGACAUUCUUCUUUCCUGCGGCAAGGACAACAGAACUAUCUGUUGGAACCCGCACACGGGCUCUGCUUUGGGCGAGUUCCCGGUCGUCACUAACUGGACUUUCCAGACAAAGUUCAACCCGCACAACCCCAACCUCCUUGCAACUGCUUCGUUCGACGGAAAGAUCGCUGUCCAGACUUUGCAAAAUGCUAAGAACGAGGUCGAUGCGACUACCGAGCCAGCGGCACAGGCACUUGACGGGGAGGACUUUUUCGCGAGAGCUCAGACUCAGCCUCAAGCUGCGACAUUCUCCCUUCCUCAAACACCCAAGUGGCUUCGCAAGCCUGUAGGUGUGUCCUUUGGCUUCGGAGGCAAACUCGUCAAGUUUUCACCCGAUGCUGCCACCAAGAAAUCGAAAAUCAGCAUCUCCACCUUCGCUGUCGACUCCGCUAUUGGCGAGGCGACGGAGAAGUUCGAAGAAGCGCUCCAGAAAGGUGACCUUGCGAGCAUAUGUGAAACCAAGGUCGCGGAAGCCAAGACGGAAGAGGAGAAGGCGGACUGGACGGUCAUUGAGACACUGAUCUCGGGCAAGGCUCGCACAAAGCUGGUCGAAUAUCUCGGCUUCUCAAGUGCUCCUGAGGCCGAGAAAGCAGAAGGCGAGGACAAGAGCGACUCGGCACAGGCUAAUGGCACCGCGGAUAAGGAUGAUGCCGCAUUCUUUGACGAGUCGGGUGAUGGCGACAACUUCCUUUCGGACCUGGCGGCUACCAAGGGCGCCAAGACGAACAACCCCUUCAAGAUCUUCACCGGGGAGGAGUCGGAUGCUGACAAGGAUAUCACCAAGGCUCUGAUGCUUGGAUCAUUCGAAAAGGCCCUUGACAUUUGCCUGAAGGAGGAGCGCCUGUCCGAUGCCUUCAUGAUUGCUAUCUGCGGUGGGCAGAAGUGCAUUGACAAGGCCCAGUCUGCCUACUUCAAGAGGAAGUCAGAUGGCCCCAACUAUCUCCGCCUUCUUGCUUCCGUCGUUGGCAAGAACUUGUGGGAUGUUGUUUACAACGCUGACCUCAAGGAUUGGAGGGAAGUCAUGGCGACCUUGUGCACAUACGCGGACGAGUCUGACUUCCCGGACCUUUGCGAGGCCCUCGGUGAUCGUUUGGAGGAAUCUAUCAACGAAUCAUCGGAAGCUGGAACUUUGAGGAAGGAUGCUUCUUUCUGCUACCUGGCAGGUUCCAAGCUGGAGAAGGUGGUUGGCAACUGGGCCGAGGAACUCAAGGAAAGCGAGGAUGCGGGCAUCGAGAAGAACGAGGGUGACACCACCUUCUCGAUCCACGCUCGGUCACUGCAGAACUUCAUCGAGAAAGUCACCAUCUUCCGGGAGGUUACCAAGUUCCAAGACACCGAGCGUCAAAAGGCGGAGGACUGGAAACUCGCACCUCUUUACGCCAAGUACACCGAGUAUGCUGAUGUCGUGGCCGCCCAUGGCCAGCUGAGGAUCGCGGAGAAGUAUCUGGAUCUUCUUCCUGACCAGUAUCCUGCUGCCGAGGUCGCACGUAACAGAGUGAAGCAGGCGACAAAGAAGCCUGCUCCCCAAACCCAGCAGCGGCAAAGUACCGCCGCUACUAUUGGCCAGAGGCCGCAGCGGGUCGUCCCAGCAUACCAACCUGUCGUUCCUACGCCUGCUGCUACGACUGUUUCCCCAGCAGCAACCAGCGCGUAUGUUCCCCCGGUUGCGGCUGCUCCAGUGCAACCAACCGCCUCGCCGUACGCUCCUUCAAAUGCUGCGAAGGGCUAUACCCCUGUUGGAUACCAGCAGCCGCAAGCCAAUGUUCCCAAGCCUGGCCAGCCAUACGGCUACGGCGGCUACCAGCCCCCGCAGGCGCAGCCCUUGCCUCCUCCGCCUAGGGGAUUUAGUUCCUCCCCGGCAGUCGCUCCGGCUUCACAGUCCUCCGGAUUGUCUGCGUGGAACGAUCUUCCGGAAGAGUUCGGCAAAAAGGCUCCGCCGCGCACCGCUACUGGUACCCCACGCGGUGCGGGCGCUAUCACAUCCCCUUUCCCUGGCGCGCCGAGUGUCAUGUCACCACCUGUUGGUGGUUCCCCAUACGUGCAGCAGGCUAGGGCGACGCCGCCCCCUCCUCCGCCGAAGGGCCCGCCUCAAGGACCUCCACGUAUCGCUUCGCCAGCAGUCGCAAGCUCCCCUUCAUCAGCGGCUGCCAACGCGUAUGCCCCACCCCCACAGCCUCAACAGUUUGGACCUCCCCAGGCUACUAUUCCAAGAGGCCCAUCUCCAUACAACCCUCCCCCGUCGGCAGCUCCUCCGUCGAACAGGUAUGCACCAGCCCCUGGCGCGCAACCGACGCCUCCUCCGGCCAUGGCUGCACCUCCAAGGCAGGUUGCUCCCAACCCGUAUGCUCCGCAGCAGUUUGGCCAGCCAUCUCCCAUGCCAACGCCGCAGGCUCCGCCCCAAGGCCCUCCGCAGACCUUUGCCAAGCCACCUCCGCAAGGUCCACCGAGGGCUGGUCCUCCACCCGUUGGCCCGCCACGGACCACAGCAUCCCCGGUAGUGCCCAUGACUGAGUCCAGGCCUAGCACGGCGCAGUCUCAGCGUGCGACGCCAGCACCGGUCAAGUAUCCUGCCGGUGACCGGACACACAUCCCUGAAGAUGCCAAGCCUAUCUUCGAGAUUCUCUCGUCAGACAUGGCUCGCGUGAAGUCCAAGGCUCCGCAGAACUUCAUGCCUCAGGUUCUCGAUACAGAGAAGCGCCUCAACAUAUUGUUCGAUCACUUGAACAACGAAGACCUGCUGAAGCCGGAUACAGUUGUUGCAAUGGUUGGGCUCUCGCAGCACCUCCAGAACAGAAGCUAUGAGGAAGCGCAGGCUUUGUUCACGGAUCUGAUGAAGAACAAGAACGAUGAAGGAAGCAACUGGAUGGUCGGUGUUAAGCGUCUGAUCCAGAUGAGCAGAGCUACCCCAGCUUAAACUCUUUUACGGAGCCAUGAGUUUGCUUCAGCGAAUUGAGUUACGAGAGAUGGCUAUGGAGAUUGUUUGCCAGGAGUUGUUAGAUAUGGACCAUCCAGGCAUGACUAUUUGUUUGCUUGUUGCUGUCCGGCGUGUAGAACUACGAACAUGAGCGGGAAAAACGCUAAUGGAUUGACUGUUUCCUUUUCG